UGCGAGGCUGCUGGGUGAGAAUCGAUACCGAACGCGACUGCGCUGUGGAAAUUACGUCCGAAGUUAUUCGAUAAUUUGACUGCAGAUAGUUGCACUGCACUUUGCAGGCACAAUGCAACAGCUGUUAAUGAGCGAUCAUUAAUAAUAAUUCAAGGACCUGGGGAAGCGGUGAAAUUUUCUGUACUAACAAUGAGUUUAUGGUCGUUAGCAAUUAAUUGCUGGCGAUUUGAAUGAUUGGGAUGAUUAUUCGGUUGCUGGGGUGAAAUGGAGACGCCUAUUGAAAAUUACCCGAUUCCUAAUUACAUAAAUAAGACUUUUAACCAUUUUUCCGAAGGCAACUAUUGUACAUUCACCCCGAUAAUAAUUAAAUGACUUUCAACAACGCGUUGACCGCGUUCGAUAGUCGUUCUGUGGUCUUGGAAAGCCCUUCAGCGGUUUUAAUUUAAUUCUUCUAAACAAAAAUGCAUGGAAAAUGGAAUUUUUGGAUUUGGUUCAUUCCAGUGGCUUAUCAAGACCGAAAAUUCAAAGCUCCGAAAUGUUUUGUUCAUGUAAAAAUUGAAAACACAAAGGCGAUUGGCGCGUUCACUCCAGCGCAAUCUACUGGCUUCCAGGAAACACGUUUUUUACCUGUGACCAUGAGAGUUACACCUCUGAUGGCUCGUAGAAACGCAGCAACCUGAUCAACCUCCACCAACCAACUAGAGAGAGAAGGUAAAACCGAGUGGGGAUACAAUACGAGGAAAGGGAAUGGCGUCCCUCGUCGGGCCCCAAGCGGAACAUCGCUGGAGUCUCUGGAAGUUUGCGACUGUACGCGAGUCCGCGCGGUACGAGCCCCAUUCCCCUUGACUUUUUCAUUCAUCUAACAAUUUACCCUGAUGCCCCCAGGAAUAAAAAAUCCCUCAACCCCCCACCUUCUCACCGCAGCAUUAAAUUCAAACAAAUCCGCGAAGUUUUUCACCCGCAUAAGUGUCAAAUCCCAGUGAAAUUUCUCCUCCUCGUGGCCAAUUAAUCCAAAAUACGAGAUUACCGUUGACGUUUCUUGUGUCAGUGUUUAUUUCUUCCUCUCACACUCGAGUGUUCACCUCUCACUCAACCCCCCGAGUCCCCCCCAGUGCCCAAUGACAGGUGCAACAUGAAACAAAAGUUCAAUCACAGCAACGGAAAUUCAAGGAUUAUUACUCCAAUUCACGACACAUGAGAGGAUUAUUCACACUGAGGAGAUGAAGAGGUGGAUUGAGACCUCGGGCUAUGAGCACUGAAAAUGGAGACGACUCCUUGAUAAAUCAAUAAUGCUGUCGCUAAUCGGUAAAUCGGGGCGAGGGAGUAAUAACAAUGAGCUAAGAUUAACGAAGUAGAACCGAUAAACAAUUGAAGCUAUUAGUACUGGAUGCUGUGGCCUGUGCUGGGUGAUGUUGGGCUAAGGCCCGCAUCGCCACAGGACCCACCGCCUCCACCUCAGGCCCCGUUCAAAGGGAAAUUCGGUCCACUACUCUUCUGCGCCCCCUGCAAACCCUCUACCAAGAAGAAUCAGAGUACCACCCAGUGGUACGUUCAGCAGCCCACGUGGCGUUUAUGGGGCGAGGAAAGGUGUGACGGUGUUAUCUACACUGUGUACCUGAAGAAAGUUCGAUAUCACCGGCCAACAAGGAGUUUAUCCACUUCGGACUCUGACGAUGAAAUAUCUCACCUAGAGUGGGAGACAGUUCGCGUGCGUUUCCUGAAAGCGGGAACAGUCCAAAAAUUGGUAGAAAGUCUAGCGAAUGACGAUGGCGAAUUGGAAUCAACGUACAUCAAUGUCUUCCUGGCGACGUACCGAGCAUUUACGACGCCCCGGGAGGUUCUCGAGCUCCUGCUCUCGAGGUACGAUGCACUUGAUGAUAAUUCCCCAGCGCAGAGCGGUGAACAGCAUCGGAAAACCCUGGUUCAGGCCCUCCACGUAUGGCUGGACGCGUAUCCAGGUGACUGGAAGUCAGCGCCGAGUCAUCCGUUACUCGCCAGACUUUUGGACUUUACGCAUCGACGAUUACCUGGGUCUGAGCUUGAACUUAAGGCCCGACAUCGACUCCACAGGUUCCAAUGUGAGGAUGAAAUCGACAAUUGUAUCUACGACAAUGGAAGACUGGCCCUCCACAAUUCUACGGACUCCCAUACAGACCACUGGUCAAAUUACAAAUUCCCGGAAGUUCCCCAUCGUCACUUUGCCGAACAGCUGACCCGCAUGGACGCGGAAGUCUUCAAAAAGCUCGUCGCCCACCAAUGUUUAGGGGCUGUGUGGUCUCGACGUGACAGAUCACGUAGUCACGACGCAGCAACAGUUUUAGCAACUGUAAAUCAAUUCAACGCCGUAUCACUGAGGGUCAUCUCCACAAUUCUCGUGGAGCCAACGACAAAAUCCCAGGAACGUGCCAGAAUACUCGAAACGUGGAUUGACAUUGCCCAGGAGUUGAGGAUAUUAAAAAAUUUUAGCAGUCUCAAGGCUAUUGUCUCGGGCUUACAGAGUAAUCCAGUUUACAGGCUUGAGAAGUGCUGGCAAUGCAUGCCCAGGGAGAAGCACGAGUUGUUUAUGGAACUGGAGCGAAUAUUUUCGGAGGAAAAUAACGCCUGGACGCAGAGGGAGCUUCUUAUCAAAGAGGGCACAGCUAAAUUUGCUGACACAGCUGGCAGAAGUGAUAGACAUCUUCAGAAAUUAUUUCAAAAGCAGAAUACUCAUGCGGGGAAUAUCAGUUAUGGGACAAUUCCAUACCUCGGUACCUUCCUCACCGACCUGACGAUGAUAGACACAGCAAUUCCGGAUACAGUGGCUGAGGGUCUGAUAAAUUUCGACAAGCGUCGAAAAGAAUUCGAAGUCCUCGCCCGAAUUCGUCUUCUUCAGGGUGCAGCUAACGCCUACCACUUCACCUCGGAUCCCCUCUUCGAUUGUUGGUUCCACUCGAUAGUGGUUCUGGAUGAUAGGGAAGCUUACAAACUCAGUUGUCAAAUAGAGCCCCCACCCCCCGGGAAUACUCUGAAUCGGAAGAAAAAAUCCAAUGGUCAGGGUCAUCGAAAAAACGACUCCCUGGCAUCGACCUCGAGCUCCAGUAGUUCACAGUUCUACUGCGACCUCGAUUCCCUUCCCAGUUCACCCCACAAUUCCCUAGACAGACGGACAUCGCCCUCACAAUUGUCCUCAUCAUCCUCCAACUCGUCGUUACCCUCGUUGGACGUCUCUCUGGGCUCUGGAGGGGGCAGUAACACUUCGAGAUUAGCUCCACCAGUUGCAAUAGCAACAAAUGGAACCAGCACACCCAAUUUAGCCGGUCUCUCCAGUCCCAGUCACUCACACAAAAAUUCACCUGAUUUUUACAUAAUCAAAGUAACUAUGGAGAGCGACAGUGUUGAGACUGAGGGCGUUGUCCUGUACAAAUCCAUCAUGCUGUCUAAUAAUGAACGUACACCACAAGUCAUUAGAAAUGCUAUGCUUAAGCUCUGUAUCGAGGGCAGUCCAGACCAAUAUACACUUGCUCAGGUAUUGCCUGAUAGGGAGAUGGUAUUACCCAGCUCAGCUAAUGUCUAUUAUGCUGUUAAUACUGCUCAUAAUCUUAAUUUCAUACUGAGACCCAGACGUGACCUCAAUGAAUCCACUGCCGAAAGCCCCAAGGGGAAAGUUAAUGGUAAAAGAUUGACGUGAAAUUGGAAUUGGAGAGUUGAUAAGUUUGAAAAUUAUGGAGAAGGUUUUGUAAUUAAGUGAUGAAACUUGAGGGAAGACUUUGGUGAAAUUGAAAAGCUCCGGAUUUUUUAAAUCCUGAAUUCGAGGGUUACAAUGUACAAUUUUACAAGUCCUGGGUCUGAAGACAAAGGGAGAGUGGCUCUGGUAACGUCAAAUAAUUAAUGAGAUGUUUAAAUUAUUCUUCUAGACAAGAAAAAUGAUUUUUAUGGUGAGGACAAACACUUUUUGCUAUUGUGAUUUUCACGUAGGAUUUUGAGAACUACACGAUAAUACGUUCUGAUAAUUCUUUCUAAAUCUACUGAUUUCCAAAAUAUUGGGAGAACUUUCUUUUUCUCAUCGUAAAAACCAAUUUUCUUGCAAUUUUCUGUAUUACUCUGUUCGAUUGAAACUUUGACGUUGAUCAAAUGCUGAUAUUUAUCUAACAUGACAAUUAAAAAUCCAUUUAUAUGAACAUGCAAAAAAGUACAACAACUUCAUAAAUUAAAAACGAGGGGAACUCGUAGGAACUCGUUUUAAAGAUUUUAGACUAAGUAGAAUUCAUCAUAUCCGGUUUUUACAUGUGUAUACGGACUAGAAUAUAUGAACUAAGUGGACCAGUGAGGUGUAUGUGGUAUUUUAGUUGUAAAUAAUAAUCCGGCAGCGAGUGUUUUUAAUUCUAUCAUUAGUUAUCGUUAAAUUCUAUGGAGAAAUUUUGCAAUAUUUUUUAUGUAUCUUUGUUUUUUCUUCGAUAUCUUGUUCCAUCGAGUUUAUUAACACUCGAGACGCAUUCUGUGAUACUGGAAUCUCUAAAGUGAAUUUUCGGCCUCAAUUGUCGCACUCAAGGGCUUAACGUGAACUAAAUCAGUGGAAACGUGGUGAAACGAUUUAAGUGAAAUUAAUUGCUCCGACCUUUGCCGUCAAAAUUUAUAAUUCUUGGGGAACUUAUCCAAGUGAUAGAAACAUUAUUUAUUCAUCAAGCCAAAAUUAUCUUCCCAAUAAUGAAGACCUCAUGAUAUUUCCUCUUGAAUGUCAUAUUCAACUGAAAUCGUUUUGCCUCCUCUCUCCUAAAAAAUUCUAGAUAUAUUAUUUUGUACUUAUCGAACCUGUCAACGAUUAUGUUACUUCCUUAUCGUAGAACCCACGUACUAUGCAAUGAGAAACAAUACAAUGAGAGUUGAGAGAAA